AUGGCUAGGUUCAUCCUCACUCGCGGCUUCAGCCUCCUGGCACCGCAACUAGCAGUUCUCUACGUCUUCUACUGGGUGGACCGUCGCCUCCAUGCGAGUUUCCGGUAUAACUGGGAUAUCGACUUGUCCAUGGGAGAUACUGUGUGCCUGCCACCGCCGCCGACACCCUUUGCUGCGGGUACGGUGGGCGAGCCAUCUUUUGGGUUUGCUGAGACAGCAGCUGAGUCUCCUUACUGGUCCGAAGGGUCGGGCCGCAUUCCGCUUCUCGAGAGGAAAAAAGUGACUUGUGAUGAAGGUGAUAUUGUGAAUCCCUUGGAGCCUCUGAAGAAUCAGCAGGACUGA